GACGGCAGGAGGCUGAGCCGGGGAGGCGGGAGUUGGUGGGAGGCGGAGAGACGGAGGGGGGUGGGGGUGAGGAAAGUGCAGCUCUCGCGACCAGCCUCCUCUUCCAACGUCACAUUGUGCGAGAGACAAAACCCGGGCGCGCCUGAGCUCACACGCGCACGCACGCACACAGACGACCCCGCCGCCUCUCUCUCCCGGCGCCGCCGAGAAAGCCAGCCUUCCCUUCCCUAACGGGGGCGCGGAAGCUCGGCAAGCUCAGAGCGCAGCCCAGAGCCAACCCAGAAGCGGAAGAAAGCCAGAGGACAAGCCUUUUUCCCCACUGCCUGCCGGGCUGAGGCGCCCCAUCCCCCGCCCUGAACCCCGAUCUUUCCCACCCCACCCCUCUGGGUUCCGGGCGGACAGAGCCCAGAGCCCGGUGCGCCCCGGUUUGGAAUCAACGUUUCAGCACUUCGGACAGCGCCCGGGCGUCCGGCCCCCUUUGCGUUGGCUAUGGCGAGCGUUCAGCAAGGCGAGAAGCAGCUUUUCGAGAAGUUCUGGCGAGGAACCUUUAAAGCCGUGGCCACCCCACGUCCUGAGAGUAUCAUUGUCGCCAGCAUUACAGCCCGCAAGCCGCUGCCCAGGACCGAAGCCCAGAGCAGCCCCAUGGUUCCAGUCCAGGACGGACCCUCGGAGAAGCUGAGCCAGCGUCUGGCCACUGAGGCCUUGGGCCCCAACAGCUGGGAGAGAGACAAGGCCUGCCGGGAGCUCAACUUGGUGCUCCCACACACCUCCCGUGACAAGGAUUUGACGCCACCGCCCUCCUCCAGGGGGAAGAAGAAAAAGAAGAAAUCCACCAGGAAGAAGAGAAGGAGGUCCCCGUCGUAUAGCCCAUCACCUGUCAAGAAAAAGAAGAAGAAAAGUUCCAAGAAACAUAAGCGACACAGGUCAUUCUCCAAGAAGAGAAGGCACAGCUCCUCCAGCCCAAAAAGCAAGAGAAAAGAGAAGAGGCACAAAAAACAGUCGCGAAGCAGGCCCCGAAAGUCUCACCGCCACCGCCGCCACCACUGCCCCUCGCGAUCCCAGAGCUCGGAGUCGAGGUCCUCGAGCUGUGAGAACAGGCACCGCGGCCGGUCCCCCGAGGAAGGGCGGAAGUCUCGCCAAAGGCACUCCCGCCGCUGCUCCAAGACCCUGGCAAGCCAGCCCGAGGCCCGGUCCGGCCACCCGCCCAGCCAGCCCCUGCAGAUGCUCAGCCUGCUGUCGGCCAGCGGUGUAAUCACUGGGUCGGGGUCUGCUGCUGACCUCUUUACCAAAACAGCCAGCCCGCUCGCCACCUCCCGAGGACGCUCCCAGGAGUACGACUCAGGCAACGACACCUCCUCGCCACCCUCCACGCAGAUCAGCUCGACCAGGUCUCGGGGUCAGGAGAAGGGGAGCCCCAGCGGGGAACUCAGCAAGAGCCGGGACCUCCACAGCGGCAACACCUCUGAUUCAGGGAACUCCUUCACCACCUCCUCGCCCCAGAACAAGGGGACCACUUUGGAGAGUCUCUCCCCCACCAGCAGGGGCAGAGAGCCAAGAGGACCGCAGUCGCCGUGCCUGGGCUGCGCCGAGGUGAAGAAGUCCGGUGGGGUCCCCUCCCCAGCCCGGAGCUCCCCCAUGAGAGGGUGCUCCCGCAGCUCCUCCUAUGCCAGCACCCGCUCCUCCAGCCACUCCUCUCGGUCCCCCAACCCCAGGGCCUCCCCCAGGUACACACGGAGCCGAUCCACCUCCUCUGGGAAAAGGUCCUACUCGCGCUCACCCAGCUACUCCUCCAAGUCUGGCAAGAGGAGCCCGCCCAGCAGAAGCUCGCGAUCCCGCCGCAGCCCCAGCUACUCCCGCUACAGCCCCAGCAGGGAACGGGACCCCAAGUACAGUGAGAAGGACUCGCAGCAGCGGGAGCGCGAGCGAGCGCGUCAGAGGCGGAGGUCCUACUCGCCCAUGCGGAAGCGCCGGAGAGACUCCCCGAGCCACCUGGAGGCGCGCAGGAUAACCAGCGCCCGGAAACGCCCCAUCCCCUACUACCGGCCCAGCCCCUCUUCGUCCAGCGGCCUCAGCAGCGCCUCCUCCUGGUACAGCAGCAGCAGCAGCCGCUCAGCCAGCCGCAGCUACUCCCGCAGCCGCAGCUACUCCCGCAGCCGCAGCCGCACCCGGAGCCGGAGCAGGACCCGCACGAGCAGCAGCUCCAGCUCCCGCAGCCCCAGUCUGGGCUCCCGGAGCCGGAGUCGGAGCCGCAGCUACAGCUCAGCAGGCAGCUACUCCAGCACCAGGCGCUAAGCAAGGGCCCUCCUCUGAGCCAGCUGCCCGCGGGGGCGGGGCCCUAUCUUUGGGCCAGCCUCCCCCACUCUCUGCCCACCCUGCCUUCUCCUUGGUGACAGACAUUGAGGGCUCCUGGACCCUGUCCUUUCUGUUCUCCUGGGGAGGAGGAAAAGAGGGUACCCGCUGCUAAGAGCCUCCACCAGCACCAUCCUGGGGCUCAAUUCAGAUGAAGAGAAACACCCACCCUCUGUUGGCACACACACACAAAAAAAACAACCCUCAAGGUUUUAUAAGAAGCAAUGGGUCCGUGACUCCAACACUUGGGCCUGGCCAGGAAGAUGUAGACGGUUCUGCUCACACACUGCUCCCGGCUGCAUACGGAAGGGCGGGGCUCAUUCGUCCCACCUGCCCUCCUUCUCCCCUCAUUCAGUCUUGUGGCUGCAUGUCUGUGGACCCAUCCCUCAUGGGGAUGUCAGGGGUGGGUGGGUAGGGAGAUUAGAAGAGAUCAACAGCAAUUCAACUCCAGGAGAUGAGGUCAGGCCGGCCACCUCCCCAAACAGGCCAGAGCAAAGGCUAGAAGGCUCUCGAAUCCUAGAAGAGGGGAUGCACAUGAGUAGGGGACAUGGACAUUCCAGCUGACAGCAGGGGCCUCUGAUAAUGAGUGUGGAAACGCAGAGGAAGAGUUCAGGCUGCUGCUCCCCAUGUGCCAGCUUGGUCGGAAAAGCAGCCCAGCAGGUUCCAGCAACGGAGAGGCCGCCACAUGGCUUACACGAGAUGCCCCCUGACUAUUCACAGGGACCCUGCAACCUCACUGAGAAAGGACACAGCGGACAGUCGGGACAGCAUGGUCAACACCCCCAUUUCCCAAAUGUGUCCCGGCCCCACUAGCUGGCACCAGCUGAAUUCCACAGGACCAUCUGCCGCACGUCCCCCAGUGCCAUGGCCAGCUGCCAUCCGCAGCGCCAGCCCGUCUGGCCUUACCCUCUGGCUGGCGCCUGCCUGCCCCUCCACACCGCCCAGAGUGCCACACCCUGGAUCCUACCCAAUGCAGCUGAACGAACACCCACCCACCCACCCACCCUCAUCUUUGCCACCCCCUUUGCCUCAGGAAUUUUGCCAGGCUGGGGCGCAGCAGCUCAGGUUUGAGGGGAAAGGCCCACCCACAUUCAGAGGGUCAGCGAGGCUUGGAUGCUCCAUGUCUUGGGCUCCCCCUGGCUUCGGAAGUUCCUUGUCAGCUUGGGGAAGUCCCACCCGUGUUUCUGGCCCCGGCCCACGUUCCCUUGCCUGAGGCUGGGCCCUGAGGGCGAGUCCAUCUCUGACACAAAUACCAGCAGCUGCUCCAUCCACAGAAGUAACUGAGGACAGGGGUGUGGGAGAAAGGAUCCUUAAGAUAACCUGGGGCAUCCCCCCACCAGCUAACCGGCUUUCCGGAGCCUCAAGGGUGAAUUUCGAGCUUGCGGCGGCAACAGCAGCAGGGCAGGAUGUGGCGGGAGCGAGAGGAGGCAGCUCCCAGCUCUGGCUCUGGGGCUUUGUGGAAGCAGGGAUCAAGGACUCUUCAUCUCACGCCGCACGCAAGACAUUUGGCGGGAAAAAAUCUUUUUGUUUGGAAGCGGGGCCCCGCCCCUCCCCUGUCUUUGCCUUCGCAUCAGCCCGUGGGGCCAGAAACUGCCCUGAACCACCCCGAACGUCCUUCCUCCACCCGGAGAGCGGAGCACGGUUGUCCAGGCAGCCAAGGAGGGCCCGCCUUCCCAUGAUGCCCUCUGGCCCGGCCCUGGGCCCUGCCGCCAAGGUUACGGAUGCUGAUGCUGUCGCCGCGGAAGGCCGAUGGCAGGCGCCCCAGGAGGGCAUGUACAGCAAGUGUAAAUAACCCUCUUCCUUGCCCAGGCUCCCUGCUGGACUCCAGUCUCCCCUCACGGAGACGGAGGCUCCCCGGAGCGGAGCCUCGCAGCCUCCUUGGCAGGACCGAGGUGAGGGGCCCCAGGGCCUCGCACGCAUUCAGACUGCCUCCAUUGACGCAACUCUAGGGGACCGUCUCGCCUGGGGCUGCUAGCAGACCUUUUUAUUUAUUGUAUGUAUUUAUGUUUAUUUAUUUAUUUAUGUGAUGAGAUCUCGCUCUGUCCCCAUUAGCAGUAUUCAACUAUUUAUUUACAUGGAGAGGGUGUGUGUGUGUGUGUGUGUGUGUUACGUGUGUGUGUGUUUGGGGAGCAGGGGGUCUUCUAAAUUAUUUCUGGGCAUCUCUCUUUCCCUUCCUGUCUCUGUAGGUGGGAUCUGACAGCCGGGGGUGGGUGGGGACAUUGCCCUUUCCCCUGUAGGUGGGACCCACUGAGCCCUAGGCCCCAGCACAUCCUGGAGGUGGCCCGGAAGCACUUCAGGCCCCCAGGUGCCUUGCUUGGCCCUCCAUCGGUGAGGUUCAGGCCUGCACCCCAGCCCCUGCCCUCCAGCUGCUUCACUGAGGUACCAAAAAAAAAAAAUGAAAAUGGCCAAGAAGCUUAUGAGCUAAGGCACUGAGCUGGCACCGUGGAGUCACAGCUUACGUGGGGGCUGGCGUCUACAGUUAGUGUGGAAAGCGAAACCCAGAGUCAAAAUCGCCCGUGAAAGUGCUCCAGGCAGCCCACGGGAGACAGAGGUGCCGCCUCUCGGGGGGCUGGUGAGGCUUCCCUCUGUGGGUGCUUAUCGAAGCCGCUGCCUGCAUUUGGAGCCCACGGUGGCUGAGAGUGGCGCGGGGUCCACACUGGGACCCCGUGCACUUGGCUUAGGCAAGAAGCUCAAACCUGGAGACCAAGGCAAGGGACGUGACAAAGGGAAGUGGAGAUGCCUAUCCUGGUCUCGGCCUUAUGCCCCGGCAGGUAUUAGUGGGCAGGGUCCCUCCCCGGCUUCUCUGAGCCUACCUUGUUGGUUUCCUGUCAGUUCCUCGGGCUUCUGUCUCCUGGUGCCCAAAGGGAAAGCCCUUUUUUGCGUGUGGUCUCUUGCUGUUCUGUUGAGGGAGAGAGCAAGGAUAUUUUUGAAGUUAAAAAAUAAGGUAAAAGGAGCAGCGACAGGUCCCCCACAAGAAGGUCAUCUCAGGUGCAUCCUGGGAAGCAGGACCUAGAGGUCGUCGCUGGUUUGCCUCUCUGAGCAACCAGCAGUGGUUGGCGGCGGGAGACGGCUCCCUCCCUUUCCAAAGUCACUCUUCCUUGCCUGGAAACAGGCAGCUUGGCUGGUCCAGCUUUGGGUUUGGUGAGCCUGGUGGUUCCUCUGGUCAUGUGACUCUGCCCUGCCUUAGCCCAAGCGCCUAAGCAAAGGAGUCCCCCUGGCUGGGGGAAUGUUUGCCAGAAGGCUGCUUGAGCGCCCCCUAGGGGAGAUCUUUGUCCCUCCCGCUCACUUGGUGUGUUUCUCUCAUUUCCUUUACAUUUUCUGUGUUUUCCCCUCCAAACAUAAAAACUCGUGCUGGGGCACCGACAACCUUACUUUUAACCAGAACUCCCGACCCCUGGCACGGCUCUGUCUCGGCCUGCCCUCAUCACUUCCUGCCCCCAGUAAUGAGACAGGCUGCCGAAACCUGCCCCCGAGGAGGACCGAGUUCGAGGACCAGUCGGGGAAACAGGAGGCAGAUGUGGCCUGAGGUCAAGGACAGGCAGCCCCUGGCCUUCCUGCUACCAGUAUUCAUUCACGGAGCAACCGACUGAACCCGGGCCAAUCGCCCCUUUUCUCUGGGCUGCGGUGUCCCCCUUUGAAACGCGGAGGAAUUUCUGAGAUACGACCCAAAGUGACCACCCGAGCCCUGGGCCGUUCUUCAAGGACAGACUGAGCUCACGGAGACGUAGAGAAAGAGGGAAAAACAUCCCGGAUCGUUUUUAGGAGGGUCUUCAUCACGAGAGUAAAAGCGGGAAGCAGAAUGUGACUUCCCUCUGGUUAAUGAAGAGAAAGCUAACUGGUUCCAAGCCCCCACCCAGGGACGUUUCUAGUCCAUCCAGGUGCGACUCCAUCCCUGUACUUCUUCCCUCUCUUUGAAGAACAGUCAGUCUUUCAGAAGGAAAACGGGAUUCAGAUGUCCGAGGGACACAGGGUCUCCGUCUCAGAGGCCCCGUGGCUGGCUUGUUCAGACCCACCUUUCCCAGAAGGCUUUGCGUAACGAGGCCAAAAUUCAGGCUGCUCCCAAAGGUUCGGAAGCACUUUUUUUUUUCUCCAAGUCCUACUUCUGUCUUUUCUUUUGCCAUAUUCUCCUCCCCAAAUACCCAAAGUACUCUCACGUGCAUAUCGCUUGCUUUUCUCUCCAGCUGAAUAUAAAAUUUUGUGUCAUAAAAAAAAAUUAAAGACUUCUAGCGUUCCUUAAAAACUCGCCGCCUCCUGCCCCGGCCAGCCCCAGCCAAGGCCCGACGCUGGUGCUAGGAAGCAAUGCUCCAUUGCAUCCUCUUCCUCCCUUCUCACUCCCACACCAACCUGCGCUGAGGCCCAGAGAGUUGUCCUCUCCCCUCCAUCUGGGACCGUUUUUUGUUUGUUUGUCUUUACUUUUUGAGGGUUUUUCUUCAGUGGUGGUUGCUUGGCAUUGUAAAUACCAUCAUGGGGAUCCCUCAUCAGAACAUUGCUUCUUUAAUAAUUUAUUUCCUAUGUAUUGAGUGGUACUGGGAGAGGAGGGGGACUCCCCCUGCCCCUGAAUUGCUGAUGGAAACCGGCCCAGCUCCCAGCUCCCAGCUCCCAGCUCCCAGCUCCCAGCUCCGGGGCGGCUGCCUGCAGAGGGUGCGUGCUGGCCCAGGUAAUGAGAGCUAGAAUCACCCAGCAAAUUGGAAUCGGCAGAAACGGAGGUUUCAGUCAUACAAAUUAAGCUCAAAUGGAACUAAAACACUGGUUAACUCCGGGAAAACCUCAUUUAGAUGGAAAUUAAUUGAGGAAUAAAAUGCCUGCACACGAACCAACUUCUAUUAAAAAGUCCCAACUCCUUGGGAAGAGAAAAAAGUGGUGAGACAGAGAGAAGAUGAUAAUCCCUCUUCUCUGGCCAAGAACAGCUAUGCCUCAUCUUUUAACAAGCGGAGCCAAAGCAAAUGGCACCAGCUUCCUUUGUGGGUCUCUUGCCUCUGUGUGUGUGUGUGUGUGUGUGUGUGUGUAUCGGACGGAGUGGCUCUCGGGCCUCAGUCUUACCAUCCGCAGAAUGGGGUUUGGCCUCAGUGUUUCCCAGUGGGGGAGGGGGAGGGGCUCCUAACUCUGAUGCCCUGGCAGACACAGGACCCCUUGUGACUUCUCCUGACUGUGGGGUGAAGGGUGUCUCCCAGGGCUGGAAAUAAAAACGGCCUGGGCUUCACUUGCAGGGUGAGGUCGCAGUAGCUGAGUCCUGCGGUCAGAUGGUGGGGAGGAGGGUGUCCAGGUGCUGCCACUUUAACAGCGCCUUGUGGUCCAGCUGAAAGCCCUCGAUAUUCAGCUUGAACUUCUCCCCAAACCCAGCCUUCCAGGGUCAUCAAAGUAAAGAUCAGAGUGGCUUUGCCGUGCCACUGUUUAUCUGUACCGUUGUGCAAACCAGCGGUAUGCGUCGUAUGGCCAUUUCUCAGAUGGGAACGCGGAGGCCCGGGAAGGGGGAAGUGGCGUGCGCAAGCUCCCUGGGGCUCUGGUCUGUCGGGCCCCGUGCCCCCCACCCUCUCCGGGGCUCCUUCUUGCCGGGCCUGUGCUAUGAGGACUUCUGUUCGGGCUGUAUCUCUUCUGUCCCAAUUCUCAGCUGUUUCCUCAAAGAGUUUUUGGCCAAGGACCUCGAAGAUUCUACCACAUCAGCCAAGGCCAUUUCUCCACGUUGGGGGCUUGGAACCCCCCCCUCUGGAAAACCCCAGACCAGGGAACCCACCAGCAGCCCAGGCUGAGCAGCCGGCCCCCGCCCGGACCACCCACACAGAAGGGCGGGAGCUCCUGUGCCCAGCAGCACCCUGGGACCCUGUCUCCCACCCAGUGAGUGGCGCAGCGGCCGUGGCUUGUGUGACUUCUGGUGUCUGCAGCUGAGCGUAAACUCCCCAGGGUUCCCGGGUCUUCAGCCUGUACGAAACACGUCUGUUCUAAUUAAAGGUCCCGUGGUAUGGUGUUCUCA